AUGUAUGUGAAAUGGUUUGAUACAGUAAUGUUUUACAAUGUGAUUUUAGUGUAUUUAGUGAAUGUCACUUUUUGUCAUUUUCAAAUUUCCCACCAGUUCCGUCCCCCGUACGUCCCGACGCUCGCAGGGGACGGAACCCAGAUGACAGAUGCCGGCAUCCACCGGAGUACAUUACAGGGGACACUGCAGGAGGGACAUCGUUGGAGCGCAGGACAAGGUAAGAAAAGAACAGCUGCCGAAGCAGCGCCGCAUGGUAAGCCCGAGUGUAGCUCGGGGUUACCGCUUUUGCUACACUCGGGAAUACCGUCAGGGAGGCUA